UAACAAAAGUUCAACGUCCAGGAGAAGCGCUGGUCUCUCUCAACAUGGAGCUGAAGAACCUGGCCGUGAGCGCGCUCACCGAGCACCGGAAGGCCGCCGUGCUGCUCGGAGGAGCCGCCGCGGCGCUGCUGGGCCUCGGCCUCGGGUACAAAUACCUGCGGAGGCCGGAGAAGGCGCUCCGUGUGGGCGUCGUGUCGCAGCUGCUGGUUCACCCGCUCAAGUCCGGGAAAGCCGUUCAUGUGGCUCUGGCAGAGUGCCAGAAGUUCGGCCUCAAGUUCGGAGAGCUGCAGGAUCGACACUGGCUGGUGGUGACAGAGGAAGGUCGAAUGAUUACGGGUCGGCAACAGCCCCGGCUGGUUCUGGUGUCUCUGAGCUGCCAGGGAGGACAAGUCUGUCUGAACGGGCCCAACAUGGAGGAGGUCAAGUUCCCCUUCGAGCAGCCCCAGAACCGAGUCAUCAACUGCAGGGUGUUCAGCUUGGACAUCCAGGGUCGGGAUUGCGGCGACGAAGCGUCUCGGUGGCUCACGUCUUACUUCGGAACAGACAAACCCCUGCGCUUGGUGCACUUUGAACACCAGAUGAAGGCGAGGAAGUCGUCGGAGAUCGAGCCGCUGUUCCCGAAGCACGAGGAGGUGGCGUACUCCGACCUCGGCCCGGUGAUGCUGCUGUCGGAGGCUUCCGUCAAAGAUCUGAGCAGCAAGUUGGACAAACCCGUCACCGUGGAGAGGUUUCGCCCAAACAUCGUGAUCAGCGACUGCAAAGCAUUCGAUGAGGACUCAUGGGAGGAGAUCCAGAUUGGCAGCGUGCGACUGCAGCGUGUAAUGUCGUGUGGAAGGUGUAUUUUCACCACAGUUGACCCGGAAACUGGUGUGAUCAGCAGAAAAGAGCCUCUGGACACACUGAAAAGCUACCGUCUGUGCGACCCGUCCGAGAAGCACAUCUACAAAGCGGAUCCGCUGUUCGGGCAGGUGCACACGGUGAAGAAGACGGGGGUCCUUCAGGUCGGGGACGUGGUUUACAAGAUCACCCGCUGACGGACGGGAAAGAAACGGGACGUGGAGACGUUCAGGAGGCCAGAGAGGAGUUUGAAAUCAGUCAACACUAAAGAAAAAAAGCACUUCAAUUCAUGUAAUGUACACAAGUAUGAACAGAAAUCGAGCACUAAAGCUGUAGAAACACUACAUUUGUAAUGAAGAGACUAAUCAGCCGGAUGAUUUUUUAAAGCUUUUAUAUCACAACAAUCAUGUAGGUUGUACUAAUUGUCAUGAUGUCAGGCUGGUGUGUGAAAUGAAUGAACUCUGAAUUAAACACACGUCCAACAACUGCA